UGCGUUGUAUACGAUCUUUAAAUGAUGCACUCUCAUGUGUCGUACAUGUUUAUGUAUGCGGUAUCAGAUAUGAGAUCUUUCUUCGUCAAUAUCGUAUAUUAUUUGUUUCUGCUUUCUUAUUAAUUAAGACUAUACUAAAAUACAAUCAACUAUGUAAUAAAGCAAAGAUUAUUUUUAUGUGAAUUGAAAAGUAUAAAAUUGGAAAUACUUGUGACAAUAGUGUUUCAGUAGAGCAUUAGAACAUGUAAAGAACUACCAAUAAAAUGACAGAAAGAACAACAAUUGGAGGCAUUCCGAUAGAAUGUUUAACUGGAGAACCUGCAGCAAUUUGGUCUGGCUGGCGUUUAUUAGGAAACAGAGAAGUUAUUAGGGAAGCCUCUGCAAAAGGAACGCAUAUUAAGCUUGCACAUAAAUGUUUAGCUUACAGACAAAAUUGCUCCAUGGAAGAUGCUAGGGACUACUUCAACAAGGAAGUGGAAAUCUGGAUCACAGAACUUCUGAUGAAACACCAAAUUUUUAGAGCUUCUCAUAUUUUAAAAAAUAUGGGAAAGGAUCCAGUGGAAUACAUAUUUGAAGUUUGUAUGAAUUGCAAGGAUUCCAUACUAAGGAAUUAUUUAUCUGAAUAUCUGAUAAGCAUUGCACGUUUUGAAAAUGAGCACAUAAAUUCAUGGAACAUACUAAAGAGUAUUAUACAAUAUGAACAAAAAAAUAUGAUACAGAAUGGUUUAAGUUCUUCACUCUGUAUAGAAGAUAUUAUAACCUUGCCAGAAAAUGUAAAACAAGCAGUAUGCACAGAAUUAUAUUUUUCUAUAACUGAACAGGAUCUUUCAAUGAAUAUAACUAAUACUGUGUUAUGGGAUUACUUGUUGUCUAACAAUAAGAUUGAAACGAUAAAGUUUUGGAUUGAUACUUAUCAUAAUAGUAAUAAAAUUAGAGAACCAAAUGAUAUCAAUGAAAAAUAUAAAUCAUUAAUUACUACCAUGGAUAUUCUACCAAAUAUGAUUGAUACAAUUGAUUCUUCAAAUGCAAGCAAUCUAGUGAAAGAUUUAAUAAAAAAUCAUCUAUGCAGGUAUGGAAUAUUUGUACAAAAAGAAAAACAAGAUAUAAAAUUACUGUUAGCACGCAUCUAUGGCAGUGCCAUGACCCUAUCAGAAAUCAAUACAAUAUUUUUACAUAAAACAUGCAAUAUUAAUAACACUGAAUUUUUCCAAACUAUUGAUAAGGAACUGUGCCUUGUGCACUGCUUAACUGAAAAACACACACGAGAAGAUAAACUUAAAGUUUUGGACUUAUUUAAUAUACUAACACAAAUGUGUGAAAAUCAAGAACAAUUUGAAGAUAUAUUAAUAGAAGGAAUCUUUAAAACAAUUCAUUACCUUUCCGACGACAUAAAUGAAUUUUUAAAGCAAAAUUAUUUGAUAGUUUUAGUAUUAAUAUUUUCAUAUUUAUCUAAAGAAAAUAUAGCAAUUAGUCAAAACAAAGAUAUUGCUCCAAAAGGUAAUAUAUUAAAAAGAAUAUUCACGAGUGAAACUGAUCUACAACUGAACAAUUAUAGUAUUUCAAAUCAAAUUAUUCAAAGUAUAUUACAACAUGUGCCAAUUCUUCAACAUAUUGUAGAAAAUAAACCAAAGAAAGAGGUAACAAUGUAUGAAUUAUUAGAUGGUUAUAAAAAUUUAAUUGUAAAGCAAUUAUUUAAAUGGCGAUUCAAUGAUGAACAAAUGCCAAACUUCUCUAGUACAGUUCUUGUUAAAAAGUAUGGUCAUACAGAGUCACUAACGUAUGAAUAUUACUUGAAAGAAGCUCGUCCAAAUAUGGCUAUACUUAGCUUAAAGCAUUCUCAAGGAAAAUUAGUUAAAACUGUAUCUUCCAGAAGAAAAUGUAAAGCAGGUCUUUAUGCGCAUAUUCUUGCCCUGCGAAAUUUAGAUAAACCAGAAAUACUUUGUACCUGUGUUUCUUUCAUUGAAAUGUUAGGUAUUAAUUCAGAAAUUUUAAGACUCCAUGUGACGACGGCAAAUUAUGUGCAAAAAGAGAUCAAUGUGCUAAUUGGAAAUUUAUUAGAAAACGUAAUAUACAAAGACGAAACUGCCAUAAAAACUAUAAUGUCUUAUCUGGAAAAUAGUUUUCAAAAAAAUUUUAAUGAAUAUUUAGUUGAUGACAGUCAGCAAUUUGUAUCCAUAUUGAAAAUAUGGGAUUUUAUUGUACGAUUUGCAAAGGCACACAAUUAUUCUUUACCAACCAGCUUAUUAAAGUUUUUAGCAAAUCAAAAUCAUUGGUUUCAAUUUGUUACAGUUUGCCAAAUUUUUGCUUAUCCUUUAAAUCAGGUAUUAGAAAAUACUAAACAUUUUGGAGAUGAAAUUAUCAAAGAGCACUUGCUAACUUUGUUAAGUAAUACACAACUUACAAAGUCACAAUCAACUAUUCAUGGUGAUCAAAAAAUAAAAUCACGAGAUACUAGGCAGUCCCUGUAUUACAAGAUCGGAGUUAAACAAAGUGGGUCUCCUAUUUCUGGUUCUCCAGUAUCUGCAGAUUCAGGAAGCACGUCUGAUUCUUGUAGUAUAUACGAAUAUCACAUAAAUGACACUACUUGUUCCUCAAACGAUGAUUUAUGGCUAAUUAUUUUAAAAUGUCAUCAAAGUCCAGAUCCACCUGGUGCACUAAUAAAUGCAUCCCGGUUAACAUCAAGACCUUUUCUCACAGUUUUAGCAACUUGUUAUGAGCCAUCUGCAAUAGCAGCAUAUUCUUAUUCAUGGAUGGUAAUAUCUGCUGCAAAUGAAAGUAUUACUUCUGAUUAUAAAGAAUGCCUGGAACAACAAGUAUGGACAGCCAAUCAAGUUCUAAAUUUAUUAGGCACAAUGGUGACAUGUGGAUAUAUUAGUACUCUUAAUAAAGCUUACAAAAUCUUUAUGCCUGAAAGUCCCUUCAAUUCCUUUUUUGAAUUCCUCACACAAUGUACAAAUUAUGGAAACUUCAAAACUUGUCAGCAAAAAUUGUUGGAAUUCAAAACCCAAUGUUUAAACCUCAAACGGAAUAAAGUUAUGGAUUGGGAUUGUUCAGAUAACACAUACUUGGAAAACUUGUAUUGGGUUGCAAUUGUUGCUGUUAAAUGUAUUAUUGCAACACUUGCUUAUUGUCUUAACAGUACACAUUUGCAAAUCAAAUUUCUUGAAAUUUUAAUGAAAUGCAAUUUUUACGCAGAUUUGCCAGUUUAUGUCCCAAAUUUUCAACAUCUUUUACAAAUUGCAAAGAUACUUCAGAAAACUAGUGUUACAUUAAACUUUGCAGCUGUUACAAUGUCAGAUAAUCUAUAUAAUUUUGAUCCUGAAAUUCAGAGAUGUGUUAAUGAUUUAUUAAAAACUAAAAAUUAUAACAGUGCAUUAGAAUUGUCAAAUGUAGCAGGAUUAAAUUCAUCUGACAUUAUCUUGGCACAGUAUCGGCAUCAAUUUAAAUGUUGUAUGCAACAAAAUGAUAAAAUUAGAAAUGAAUUCUGGAAUGAAUGUGCCAUGAAUUUUGAAAAAUACAAUGUUCCAUCUGAAAAGUCUGCAGAAUUUUUUGUUGAACAUGCUGAAAAAGUUGUUUCUCACAAAGAAAGAUAUGAAAUAUUGUUCCUGGCUUUUGAAAAACUAAAAAAUAUCGAAACAGAGCAAGAGACUAUUGAUACAUUAGAAGUAGCAAUGUGGAAAUCUUGUAUAUUAGCUGGUCCCGAAAAUAUACACUUAAAUGGUGGACCUUACAUUUUUAAUAAACUAAAAACAGAAUUAUUAUCAGGAUUGAACAGAGUGAAAUUUAGCUAUACAUUGAAUUACCCAUAUGAAAAGAAUGCAGCUGAAAAUUUGAUUAAUAAGUUAAUUGAUUUAGGUAAAUUGGACAUUGCAUUAAGAAUUAGUACUAUUUUUAAUUACAAACAUAAGGAUUUACAAAUUUUAAUGUUGUGUUUGAGCUUGGCUGAAGGUGAAAUUACACCAAAUAAGUUAACUUUUGAACAAAAAAAUUUUUUAAAGGAAAUAAAUGAAAAUAAACAACAAAUGUACGGUGCCUUCAAGAAUCGCAGUUUACGAAGAUUAUCCUCGUCAUCUUCGUUAAUCACUCUAACCAACAUGCAUGAAAUAACCAAAGCGAAAGACGAAAAUAUGCACAAAAUGAAAAUAGAAUGCUUAUCAAUUUUACAAACAUUACUCAAGAACUUAAAACAUGGAACAGAGACAUGUUUGAGAAUUGUAUUAUGUUAUAAAUUGGCAGUGCACUUAGGAAAGAGUUAUCAUUUCUUGUUACUGUUGAGCAAUCCUUUUCAAUUCUUACAAGAAAUUGCAGAAAGUAAUAUCGAUAAUAAAUCUGAAGUUUUUACUGAUAUAAUUGUUGCAUACAAAAUAAGCAACGAUACUAUUGCUACAUUUUUGGCUGAAAAUAUUAUGACAAACAUCACACGUGCCAUUGAAGGUGGAUAUGAGGAUAAUAUUUCUUUGUGGGGAUAUUCUUUGAAUACAAAUUUUCGUGUAAUUAUGGAAUUAUGCGAUGAUAUAUCACUUCUCGGUUGGCAACUUUUAAAAACAGCAAAUAAAUUACUUGGACAUUCCCAUGGUGAAAACAAAAAUGUGUCAACUUUAAAGACAAUUGUAGAAUUAUUAAUACGAUCUCACGAUUGUUUUACGACUUCUUGUAAUAUGGAAGGUAUAGCGGCAAUAUUGCGUAAAUGUCAAAAUCUCGCAAAUGUGUUGCAAAAUCUCAAGUUAUGGGCAUUAUUGGUUCGACUUGUAACAGGUGUUGGUCGAUUUAUAGAAAUGAAUUAUAUAUUUGAAAUAUUAAAAACUAAUGACCAAUUUGAAUUCUUACUUGGAAAAGGAUUAGAUAAGGUGACUGGUCUCAAAAUGGCACUAUUAGAAUUUCUAAAACGACAUUGUCCCGAGAAUAAGGAUCUUUUUACGUUAGUGGCAUUACAUUUCCAAUUGUAUCAUGAACUUGCACUUAUGUGGGAAAAUGAAGCAAAGGAUGAAAUCAAAACAUUAAUAUCUGAUGUGAUGAAAGAUCAAGGAAAAUUGCAAUACAAUAUUCCACAUGAAAUGAAAUUAUUUAAGACUGAAAAUGUUCAAAAACAGUUACAAACAGCUGUAGUCAAUUUUACUCAUGCAAGCCAAUACUAUUUGAAGGCUAAUGAAUUGAAUCUUGCUGGUCAAUGUUCAGAUCAAACACAAUUAGUUGCUCUUCAACUUUCACUACUUAACACGGUGUCUACUAAUCAACAAGUAAUCUGCAUACUUAAUAUAAAGUCUGAAGACAUUGACAGAAUAUUAUGCCAAAUUUUAAAUUUCUCUCAAGCUCUUAUUGUUAUACAUGCCUACAAUCAUCAUGUAGAUUGGGCUAAUUUGAUAUAUAAUCAUUGUAUAUUGAAUGGAAAAAAGAAAUAUUUAAAAGAUUUUAUGGCUAUGAAACGAUUAACUCCCAGCUUGGUACAAGAUUGUGCACGCAGGUAUAGAUUAGAAAAGAGUAUUACUUAUACAAUGACAGAGAAUAUGAAAAUGUUAGUGUCUGAAUUAUCAGAUGUGGAAUGUAAAUACAUGCUAGCAAGUCAAUUAGGAUAUAAGGAUAUCGUAGAAACAAUGCUCAGUAAUCCUAUGAUAGGUGCAUAUCUCAAAGAUACUGUAUGGAAAAAGGGUUAUAAUACUAACUAAAUGUUUCGCAUUCCUAACACCAUGUACUUCUGAUAAACUUCAAAUUUUAAAUCGUGACGAAAAUGUAUUACUUCCAUGUAAAUAUAAAUUUUCAUUUAUUUAAAAAAAAAAAAAAUGUCGAGCUUCAAACUCUGUAUAACUCAUAACUUCAAACGGUAAUCAUGGCGUCCGAAAGUA